AUGGCGCCCACGCUCUGUUUCAACUGCCAGGCCGCGCGCGCCAUCAUAAUCCGGCCCAAGAACCGACACAAGUUAUGCAAGGCAUGUUUUCUCGAAAUCUUCGAAACCGAAAUCCACGAAACCAUCAUCUCCACCUCGCUCUUCAAGCGGGGGGAACAAGUCGCCAUCGGCGCCAGUGGCGGCAAGGACAGUACCGUGCUGGCCUCGGUUCUGAAGACGUUGAACGAGCGAUAUGACUAUGGGCUAGACCUGAUUCUGCUCUCUAUCGAUGAGGGCAUCAAGGGCUAUCGAAAUGACAGUUUGGAGACCGUCAAGCGCAAUGCGGUGCAGUACGAGAUGCCGCUUGAGAUUGUCGGGUAUGAUGAGCUGUACGGCUGGACGAUGGAUCAGGUUGUUGCUCAGGUGGGCAAGAAGGGGAAUUGUACCUACUGCGGCGUGUUUCGCAGACAGGCUCUGGACCGCGGCGCUGCGAGGCUGGGUAUCAGGCAUAUUGUUACGGGCCACAAUGCGGACGAUGUUGCAGAGACAGUGAUGAUGAAUUUGUUGCGAGGGGAUUUACCGCGUUUGUCUCGAGGGACGAGUAUUGUCACUGAUCAAGCGAGCGUGGACAUGAAGCGUAGCAAGCCUCUGAAAUAUGCGUACGAGAAGGAGAUUGUGCUCUACGCGCACCAUAAGAAAUUGGAUUACUUCAGUACGGAAUGCAUCUACUCACCCGAGGCAUUUCGUGGCAGCGCUCGAACACUCAUCAAGGAUCUCGAAAAGAUCCGCCCGAGUUCUAUACUUGAUAUUGUGCGGAGCGGUGAGGAUAUGGCAUCAAUGGUGCCUCCUGAGGUCAGCAACAGCGGGAGAGCCGCUGCUGCUGCUGCUGCCGCCGCCGAUGCAGAGGAUUUCUCGACUGGUGGGUGCGGCAGCAAUAAUGGCCGGUCAAGUGGCGGCGAAAUGGCCGCGAUGGAGAAGCAAUUAGCAGCAAACGAGGCAGCACAAGAAGACGAGAUAGAAAUCACCUUGCCAAAGUCGCAGUCUGCGUCUUCUGUCGCGCCGGCAUCGAAGGAGGCCAACAGCAAGAAAAAGCAAAUCCAGUUUCAAGUCAAGGGGAAGCCGGUGCGGGCUCAGGUUAUAGGGAAAUGUGAACGAUGUGGGUACAUCUCGAGUCAGAAGGUUUGCAAGGCUUGCAUGUUGCUGGAUGGUCUGAACAGGAAUAGACCCAAGACAACUAUCGAGGUUGGAUACGAGGAUGAAGAGAGUAGCUCGACGCUGAUGCGGCAGAUGGAGAGCGUUCAAUUGACCUCAGGUUGA